AUGGCAGCGGGUUACGGGAGGACUAUAAGCGGCGUGGCAGGAGCAGACGAUGACGAUGUCGGUGUAGAUGAGGUUGGUGGGUUGGGGUUUAACGGUUGUGCCAAGACUGGUGCGCUGCAGGAACAGAGCGGGUGCCGGUCUUGGCAGAGCUUGGUCGCCUGGUGGCUCUGGAUUGCGUUUGGGGCGGGUCGCGUGGUCGCAAACGGACUCGCAGAGGAGAAGGAAAAGGUCGAAUUUCGAAUUCAAAACGACGGAUUCGUAUUUCGGGAUGGCUUCCUCGUUAUAAUUCUACCGGUUCAGAGUGAAUUUCUCCCUUCAAUUCGCGCCGUGUCUCUCCCUCUGAGAUGA